GGCUCAACAAGAUGAACUGUCAGAGGUUGAAUCCUUUAUUUUGGACCAAGAAGACCUUGAUAACCCAGUACUGAAAACCACGUCGGAGAUAUUCUUAUCGAGUGCUGCAGAAGGUGCAGACUUGAGAACUGUGGAUCCAGAAACACAAGCAAGACUAGAAGCCUUACUGGAGGCAGCAGGAAUUGGUAAAUUGUCCACUGCCGAUGGCAAAGCCUUCGCAGAUCCCGAGGUUCUCCGGAGACUGACGUCCUCCGUCAGCUGCGCGCUGGACGAAGCCGCCGCCGCGCUCACGCGCAUGAGAGCCGAGAACAACCACAACGCAGGACAAGUGGACAAUCGCAGUUUGGCAGAAGCAUGCUCCGAUGGGGAUGUCAAUGCUGUCCGGAAGCUGCUGGAUGAAGGGCGAAGCGUAAAUGAACACACUGAAGAAGGGGAGAGUCUCCUCUGCUUGGCCUGUUCAGAAACUAUGAAUUGAGUGCUGCUAGCAAUGCAUGCAAACGUUGAAGACCGAGGGAAUAAGGGUGACAUCACGCCCUUAAUGGCAGCUGCCAGCGGAGGCUACGUGGAUAUCGUCAAACUCCUCCUUGUCCAUUGUGCAGAUGUCAACGCACAGUCCUCCACAGGGAACACGGCGCUCACCUAUGCCUGUGCUGGGGGCUUUGUGGACAUAGUGAAGGUGCUACUGAAAGCUGGUGCUAACAUAGAAGACCACAAUGAGAAUGGACAUACCCCCCUGAUGGAAGCAGCCAGUGCAGGGCAUGUCGAGGUUGCCAGAGUUUUGCUGGAAUAUGGUGCAGGAAUCAACACUCACUCCAACGAGUUCAAAGAAAGUGCACUUACACUCGCAUGCUAUAAAGGCCAUUUAGAUAUGGUUCGUUUUUUGCUUGAAGCUGGAGCUGAUCAAGAACACAAAACAGACGAGAUGCACACGGCGCUGAUGGAGGCCUGCAUGGAUGGCCAUGUGGAGGUGGCACGCUUGCUCCUGGACAGCGGCGCUCAGGUGAACAUGCCUGCGGAUUCCUUCGAAUCCCCACUCACUCUGGCUGCUUGUGGGGGGCACGUGGAGUUGGCAGCUCUUCUGAUCGAACGGGGAGCCAACCUGGAGGAGGUGAAUGAUGAAGGCUACACACCUCUGAUGGAAGCUGCCCGGGAAGGCCACGAGGAGAUGGUGGCCUUGCUGCUGGCACAAGGGGCAAACAUAAAUGCACAGACAGAAGAAACACAGGAAACAGCCCUGACCCUGGCAUGCUGUGGAGGCUUUUCUGAGGUUGCUGACUUCCUUAUUAAGGCAGGAGCUGAUAUAGAACUUGGUUGCUCAACACCUUUGAUGGAGGCUGCUCAAGAGGGUCAUCUUGAAUUGGUGAAAUACUUGCUGGCAGCAGGAGCUAAUGUUCAUGCCACUACAGCAACAGGAGAUACAGCUCUGACCUAUGCCUGUGAAAAUGGACACACAGAUGUGGCAGAUGUGUUGCUUCAGGCUGGUGCUGAUCUGGAGCACGAAUCCGAAGGUGGGAGAACCCCACUCAUGAAGGCUGCGCGAGCUGGUCAUUUAUGCACUGUGCAAUUCCUUAUUAGCAAAGGUGCCAACGUGAACAGGGCUACAGCUAACAAUGACCACACGGUGGUGUCCCUGGCCUGUGCUGGAGGUCACCUGGCUGUGGUGGAGCUGCUCCUGGCUCACGGGGCUGAUCCUACUCACCGGCUCAAGGAUGGCUCAACAAUGCUCAUUGAAGCUGCCAAGGGAGGACACACAAAUGUUGUUUCUUACUUGCUGGAUUACCCCAACAAUGUUCUGUCGGUUCCUGCAGCAGACUUGUCUCAGCUCACACCUCCAUCUCAGGAUCAGUCUCAGGUUCCCCGUGUCCCAGUGCAUACACUCGCCAUGGUUGUACCUCCCCAGGAACCUGACAGAACUCCUCAAGAGAACUCCCCACCUCUGUUGGGAGUGGUGAAAGGUGCAUCCAAGCAGAAGUCAAGUUCCCUGCAGGUAGCAGAUAAGGACCUACUGCCACCUUUUCACCCAUACCAGCCUUUGGAAUGCAUAGUAGAAGAGACUGAAGGCAAGCUGAAUGAACUUGGACAGAGAAUUAGUGCUAUUGAAAAAGCACAACUUAAAUCAUUGGAAUUAAUUCAAGGUGAACCUUUAAAUAAAGAUAAGAUUGAAGAACUUAAAAAGAACAGAGAAGAACAAGUACAGAAGAAGAAGAAAAUAUUGAAGGAGCUGCAGAAGGUGGAAAGGCAGUUGCAGAUGAAAACCCAACAGCAGUUUACCAAAGAAUAUUUGGAGACCAAAGGUCAGACAGACACACCACCUCCCCUGCAGCAGCAGUGCUCACUUACAGGGGUCUUCCCAGAAGUGGAAGCUGAUAAGGGUCUGCCAGAGGAUAACUUUUCAGGGUUACCUCAGGUUGACACAAUCUUGUCUAAAGAUGACGAGCAACACCAGUCUCCACCACCUGCUGAAAAACCUUUGCCAGCAUCGCAAUGUAAUUUUUCUGGUAACGUAGGUUAUAAUGGGACAGAGUCUCUUGAACUUCAGAAAGCAUUAGGGAAUCAGCAGAAUGUAGGACAGCAGCAGCAGAUUGCUGGGCAGGGGCUCUUAGUUCAAGAACCAGACGGAUUAAUGGUUGCCACUCCAGCACAGACGCUUACCGACACUCUUGAUGACCUAAUAGCAGCUGUGAAUAGCAGAGUGCCCAGUGGCUCCACCAGCUCCUCGCACACUACCGAGUCCCCGACGCCCGAGCCCUGCCCGCAGGCACCGAGCAAUGUGCCCUCCCAGUCCGUGCUGCCCAUGUACCCCUCGGUGGACAUCGAUGCACAUACUGAGAGUAACCACGACACUGCUCUGACCCUGGCGUGUGCGGGAGGGCACGAGGAACUCGUGUCGGUGCUGAUCGCACGUGGUGCCAACAUUGAGCACAGAGACAAGAAGGGUUUUACGCCUUUGAUUCUGGCUGCAACUGCUGGACAUGUUGGUGUUGUGGAGAUUCUUCUGGACAAAGGAGGGGAUAUAGAAGCGCAGUCCGAGCGCACGAAGGAUACUCCACUUUCCUUGGCAUGCUCCGGGGGACGCCAGGAGGUUGUUGAUCUGCUGUUGGCCCGGGGAGCAAAUAAGGAACACAGGAAUGUGUCUGAUUACACGCCAUUAAGCCUUGCUGCAUCUGGUGGCUAUGUUAAUAUCAUCAAGAUUCUUCUCAAUGCUGGGGCAGAAAUUAAUUCCAGGACUGGGAGUAAGCUGGGGAUUUCUCCUCUGAUGCUGGCUGCUAUGAAUGGCCACGUACCUGCCGUGAAGCUGCUGCUUGAUAUGGGCUCUGAUAUUAAUGCCCAAAUCGAGACCAACAGGAACACAGCCCUCACCCUGGCCUGCUUCCAGGGCCGGGCAGAGGUGGUCAGCCUGCUUCUGGACAGGAAGGCCAAUGUGGAGCACAGGGCAAAGACUGGUCUCACACCCCUGAUGGAAGCAGCUUCGGGAGGCUAUGCAGAGGUUGGAAGGGUUCUCCUUGAUAAAGGAGCAGAUGUGAAUGCCCCACCUGUGCCUUCCUCAAGAGACACAGCUUUAACAAUUGCAGCAGAUAAGGGUCACUACAAGUUCUGCGAGCUCCUCAUUAAUCGAGGAGCACACAUCGAUGUUCGGAACAAGAAAGGGAACACCCCUCUGUGGCUGGCAGCUAACGGAGGCCACUACGAUGUGGUUCAGCUGCUUGUGCAGGCAGGAGCAGAUGUGGAUGCUGCAGAUAAUAGGAAAAUUACCCCUCUCAUGUCAGCGUUUCGCAAGGGGCAUGUGAAAGUAGUCCAGUUCCUGGUGAAAGAAGUGAACCAGUUUCCUUCAGACAUUGAGUGCAUGCGCUACAUAGCCACAAUCACGGACAAGGACCUGUUGAAGAAGUGUCACCAGUGUGUGGAGACAAUUGUGAAGGCUAAAGACCAGCAGGCUGCAGAAGCCAAUAAGAAUGCAACUAUAUUGCUGAAGGAGCUAGAUCUGGAAAAAUCAAGAGAGGAGAGCAGAAAACAAGCUCUUGCAGCUAAGAGGGAGAAGAGAAAGGAAAAGAGAAAGAAGAAGAAAGAGGAACAAAAAAGAAAACAAGAAGAAGAUGAAGAAAAUAAGCCUAAGGAAACGCUGGAGCUGCAAGAAGAUGAUGACGAAGAAGAAAAUGAUGAUGAAGUGGAGCAAGAAGUUCCUAUAGAGCCUCCAAGUGCAACUACUACAACUACGAUUGGAAUUUCUGCGACUUCAACUACCUUCACAAAUGCCUUUGGGAAGAAAAGAGCUAAUGUGGUGACUACCCCCAGCACAAAUAGAAAAAAUAAGAAAAAUAAAACAAAAGAGACUCCUCAGAAUAUGCAGAUAAUUUUGCCGGAUCAGCAUAUAUCUCUAGCACAGCAAAAAGCAGAUAAAAAUAAAAUAAAUGGAGAGCCAAGAGGUGGUGGUGCGAGUGGGAACAGUGAUUCGGAUAACCUGGAUAGCACAGAUUGCAAUAGUGAAAGCAGCAGUGGAGGGAAAAGCCAGGAGUUGAACUUCACAAUGGAUACGAACUCCUCGGAGCGGCGCUACGCCUCACUGCUCAUGCCCUCUCAGGAAGAGAAAACCAGCACCUCGGCUUCCAAAACACCAACCAGAAUUGAUGGUGAUGGUCAUUCGAAUUCGUUGUCAACUACUUAUAAGUCUGUUUCCCUUCCUCUGAGCUCUCCAAACGUAAAGCUGAAUCUGACCAGUCCAAAAAGAGGCCAGAAAAGAGAAGAAGGCUGGAAAGAAGUGGUUAGAAGGUCAAAGAAAUUAUCAGUCCCAGCUUCUGUCGUGUCUAGAAUAAUGGGAAGAGGUGGGUGCAACAUCACAGCAAUUCAGGAUGUCACUGGAGCCCAUAUUGAUGUUGAUAAGCAAAAAGAUAAGAAUGGAGAGAGGAUGAUCACUAUAAGGGGUGGUACAGAGUCCACACGAUACGCAGUGCAGCUCAUCAAUGCCCUUAUUCAAGAUCCUGCCAAGGAACUGGAAGAUCUGAUUCCUAAAACUCAUAUAAGAACACCUGCUUCGAGUACCAAGUCGAUCCACGCAAACUUUUCAUCUGGAGUCAGCACUGCGACCGCUUCCAACAAGAACUCCUUUCCACUCGGAGCACCGCCCCUGGUCACAUCGCAGUCAUCAACACUAUCUACUUUCCAGCCAACUAACAAAUUGAACAAGAAUGUCCCAGCGAACGUGCGCUCGUCUUUUCCGGUGUCUCUUCCUCUCGCUUACUCUCACCCUCAUUUUGCCUUGCUGGCUGCCCAAACUAUGCAACAGAUCCGGCACCCUCGCUUACCUAUGGCCCAGUUUGGAGGAACCUUUUCACCUUCACCGAACACUUGGGGACCAUUCCCGGUGAGACCAGUUAACCCUGGCAGCACAAACAGCUCUCCAAAGCAUAAUAGCUCGAGCCGUGUAGGUACCCAGAACGGCAACGUUUUGCAGACGGAGUCUCCUGGAUUAGCUACUUCUAGUUGUCCUGUUACAGUCUCAUCUGUAGCUGCUUCCACCCAGCCGCUGUGUGUGAGCAGUAACCGGACUCCCUCCUCGGUCAGGAAGCAGCUCUUCGCCUGCGUUCCCAAGACGAGUGCUGCGGCCACAGCCAUCUCGACCGUGACCAGCACCUGCGGCACUCUGCCCUCAGCCUCCUCUGCCCCCACCAACAACGGGCAGGUGCCUGCAGCGUUUCUGCCGUCGACCGCUCCGCCGGCGCAGCAUUCCGCGCUGAAGGCAGACUC